CAUGGACGGGGACGCCAUCUGCAGCGCGCUGCCCACCAUCCCCUACCACAAGCUGGCCGAGCUGCGCUACCUCAGCCGCGGCGCCUCGGGCACCGUGUCGGCCGCCCGUCACGCGGACUGGCGCAUCCAGGUGGCGGUGAAGCACCUGCACAUCCACACGCCGCUGCUCGACAGUGAAAGAAAUGAUAUCUUAAGAGAAGCUGAAAUUUUACACAAAGCUCGAUUUAGUUACAUUCUUCCAAUUUUGGGAAUUUGCAAUGAGCCUGAAUUUUUGGGCAUAGUUACUGAAUACAUGCCAAAUGGAUCAUUAAAUGAACUUCUACAUAGGAAAACAGAAUAUCCUGAUGUUGCUUGGUCAUUGAGAUUCCGCAUCCUACAUGAAAUUGCACUUGGAGUAAAUUACCUACAUAAUAUGAACCCGCCUCUACUUCAUCAUGAUUUAAAGACUCAAAAUAUCUUGUUGGAUAAUGAGUUUCAUGUAAAGAUUGCAGAUUUUGGUUUAUCAAAAUGGCGCAUGAUGUCACUGUCACAAUCACGAAGUAGCAAAUCUGCUCCAGAAGGAGGUACAAUUAUCUACAUGCCACCUGAAAACUAUGAACCUGGACAAAAGUCCAGGGCCAGUGUGAAGCAUGAUAUAUAUAGCUAUGCAGUUAUCAUGUGGGAAGUAUUAUCCAGAAAACAGCCUUUUCAAGAGGUUACCAAUCCUUUGCAGAUCAUGUAUAGUGUGUCACAGGGACAUCGACCUGAUACAAAUGAGGAAAAUUUACCAUUUGAUAUACCUCAUCGAACACUCAUGAUCUCUCUGAUACAAAGUGGAUGGGCUCAAAACCCAGAUGAAAGACCAUCUUUCCUAAAAUGCUUAAUAGAACUUGAACCGGUUCUGACAACAUUUGAAGAGAUAACAUUUCUUGAAGCUGUUAUUCAGCUUAAAAAAACAAAGAGUGCAAGUACUGACCACCUAUAUAGUAACAAGAAAAUGGAUUUAUCUCUGAAAAUACCUGUAAAUAAUAGUCCACAGGAGGAAUCAUGUGGAUCUUCUCUGCUCCAUAUAAGCAAUAAUUCUGGAACCUCCAGAUCCCUAUCAGCUCCUCCAGACAAAAAUUUUUUAUCUGGACAGUCUCCAGAUCGCUCUUCAAUGAAGCCACAUCACUGUGCAGUAAAUCACAGCUGGGAUACUUCCGCCUCUGCAUCACAAAAGGCAACACUCUGUGAUCACAGGACCACCCUGUGCUCCUCAGCAAUAAUAAAUCCUCUCUUGGCUGAGGGAAAUUCAGAGCGCAUGCAGCUUGGGAUAGCCCAGCAGUGGAUCCAGAGCAAAAGGGAAGACAUCGUGAGCCAAAUGACUGAAGCCUGCAUUAACCAAUCACUAGAUGCCCUUCUGUCCCGGGACUUGCUCAUGAAGGAGGAUUAUGAACUUAUUAGUACCAAACCUACAAGGACCUCAAAAGUCAGACAGUUACUGGAUACCUCUGACAUCCACGGAGAAGAGUUUGCCAAGGUUAUAGUACAGAAGCUGAAAGAUAACAAACAGAUGGGUCUUCAGCCUUACCCAGAAGUACUUGUGAUAUCUAGAGCAGCAUCUUCCAGUUUCCUUCAAAAUAAAAGUUUAUAAGUGAGUCUUUUCCAAGAAGAAGGACAAUUUGUUAAUGGUUAUUUAUAUCUCUGUUGCCCUGAUACUGUUUGUACAGAAUAUAUUUGAGUAUUAGAAGCUUCACUGAAGUUUUUGUAGGGGUGGGGAGUAAAUAUUAGCCUCUUUAUAACAUUACAGUACUUUUAAUUAAUAUAAACUAAAAAGUUUCCAUUUUGCAAUGUA